CUGCAUCGUGUGUUUCCGUAUUUUUCCCAAUUUUUUAUCAAUUUGUUAAUAUAGCGUUACGCCCUCCUUUGCUCCUCCUACGCCUCGUUUUUUUUUUUUCUGUGUUUAUUCAUUAAAAAAUAAAAAAUGUAUUUUUUUAUUAAUUUUCGUCUUCUUUCCUUAUCUCUGUGCUGUGCUGAAGCCAUUCUCGACUUUCUGGAUCGAGAGUCUGACAUGAAAUAAGCCAAAAUCCCUCGAGAAAUUCUCUUUUACUCGUUCGAAGGUCAAAGCAGGCGGAACAGUGAUUGGGUUGCAGAUCCGGUCGGGGUUGGAACUGAUAAGAAUCUGGAAGGUUUGGAGGAGGAUUUUUUGAGCGAGUGACUUUGAGGUUCUGGUGUUGAUGAUCUGUUGGGAAAUGGAAAUGAUGCGGAUCUCUAGGUUUGGGUAUCGAGUUCGAAGGAAGGAUCCGCCAUGGGCGAGGAUCUGGUGGGUUUGAGAUUGUUGGAGUGGAGAAGUAGGAGGUUUGAGUGGUUUGGUGCAAGAGUUGUUUGUUUUCGUGGGUUUUGGUGAUGGCUACUGUACAGAAAUUGUCUGUAUCGAGUGUAAGCACGAGCGGGAACAGUCAUGGUUCGUGCAAGACUGAUGCAGUUGUCUCGGAUCAGUUCCCGGCUGGGCUGAGAGUUCUUGUUGUUGAUGACGAUACCACUUGUUUGAAGAUUUUGGAGCAGAUGCUUCGGAAAUGCUUGUAUCAUGUUACAACUUGCUGCCGGGCUACUGUUGCUUUAAAUCUUCUUCGGGAAAAGAAAGGUUGUUUUGAUGUAGUAAUAAGUGAUGUUCACAUGCCUGAUAUGGAUGGCUUUAAGCUUCUUGAACAUGUUGGGCUAGAAAUGGACCUACCUGUUAUCAUGAUGUCUGCUGAUGGGAGAACUAGUGCAGUGAUGAGGGGGAUCAAACAUGGGGCUUGUGAUUAUUUGAUUAAGCCUGUACGUGUAGAAGAGCUGAAGAAUAUUUGGCAGCAUGUUGUUCGUAAAAAGUGGAAUGAGAAGAAAGAACAUGAACACUCAGGUAGUGUGGAAGAUAAUGAUUGCCAUAAACGGGGGGCAGAUGAUGCUGAGUAUACUUCAUCUGUUAAUGAAGGAACAGAUGGUAAUUGGAAAGCACAGAAAAAAAGGAGGGAUGCUAAAGAAGAUGAAGAAGAUGGAGAAAUGGAAAAUGAUGACCCAUCAACAUCAAAGAAACCUCGUGUAGUGUGGUCAGUGGAGCUCCAUCAGCAAUUUGUCAGUGCUGUCAACCAGCUUGGCAUUGAUAAAGCUGUUCCAAAGAGAAUACUUGAGCUAAUGAAUGUUCCAGGUCUAACUAGAGAAAAUGUUGCAAGCCAUUUGCAGAAAUUCAGACUUUAUUUGAAAAGACUAAGUGGAGUAGCUCAACAACAGGGUGGGAUUCCUAAUUCAUUUUGUGGGCCUGUAGAAUCAAAUGCGAAAAUGGGUUCACUAGGUAGACUUGACAUUCAAGCUUUGGCUGCUUCUGGUCAAAUUCCUCCACAAACGCUGGCUGCUCUUCAUGCUGAACUUUUAGGUCGACCAACAAGUAACCUGGUUUUGCCUGCAAUAGAUCAGCCAGUUCUUCUACAAGCAUCACUUCACGGGCCCAAGUGCCUUCCUGUUGAAAGUGGUGUGGCAUUUGAUCAACCUUUAAUAAAAUGUCCAUCUAACAUAUCCAAACAGUUUUCUCAAGCCAAUAUAUCCAUUGAGGAUAUUCCUUCAGGCUUUGGAUCAUGGGCAACUAAUAGUGUUGGUGCAGUGGGCCCAGCGAGCAACCUUUGGGGUUUAAAUACCCAAACUAGUACUGUUUUGAUGCAAAUGCUACAACAGCAGCAGCAGCAACACCACCAACAACAACAGCACCAGCACCAACAACAGCACCAGCACCAACAACAGUGCGUUCUAUCUGAAACUGGCCAUACAAUUAAUGUGCAGCCUUCUUGUGUUGUUGUACCAUCUCAAUCAUCAACCAGUUUUCCAGCAGGAACAACUGCUGUUUCCCUCAAUCAAAACUCCAGCUUCAACAGCAAUACUGUCAUUGAUUACAGCUUACUUUCUGGGCAAGCAAAUAAUGUCUCCUUAGGUAUUGGACAAGUCCCGGAUGUGGACAUAAAGAAUAUUAAUGUGCUUAAUGGGUAUGCUGUCGCAGGAUCUGUAUCCCCAAUGGUUUCAUCUUGCUCAGUCCAUGCUGACAGUAGUGCAGGUUGGCAAGUCCAGAAUUCAGCUGUACCUUUUACUGCUUCUAGCCAAUUGCCAGGACUUGUUCCAAAUAGAUGUGAAAUUCAAGGUUCAUAUGGCACAAAAACAGCUGCACUUCCAGAUCCAGGGCCCAGCAAAAAUCUUGGUUUUGUUGGUAAAGGGACUUCCAUUCCUAGCCGGUUUGCAGUGGAUGAUCUUGAACCGCCAAUUGACAACUUGAGCCAUGCAAAAACAUUUGGUGAUGUUAAUGGAGACGUAGUGAAGCAAGAAGUCAAUUUUGAUUACAUUGAACAUGCUAAAGUAGGUGCCCCAGUGUUCCGACAAUAUUCUCCAAAUGAUCUUAUGAGUGUUCUCUCAAAAUAGGUCUACUGUGGAUUGAUUGAUAUCUUUAAAUACUUUGAUUCUGGGAAGAGAUUACAUAAAAUAUUUAUUAUUCUUUCCAUAGAUUCUCUGGGUUAAACAUCCUGUUUCCCUGAAGAAAGCUCUUCUCUGCUUCAACAUACGUCAAGGAGGUAAGAACUCUCAAAAUUUCUCUGUAUUUGUGUUCUGAUUUAACCAAGAUAGGAGAGAAAUUUCCUUGUACUAUAGUUUCUUACUGUGCUUAGAGCAUGCGAUAUAUCCAGUCGUGAAGUGUUGUUAGGGAAAUAAUUUGUGGUCAGCUUCUCCAUCUUAACUGGUUAUUAGGGAAAUAAGUUGUGACCAGAGUCUGAAGGCAUUCGGGUGGGCAUAUUUUUCUAAAUUGCAUCUCUCGUAUAGUUCAACGGAAAUAACAAAACACUUUUUUUUGCAAUUAACCGCAUUAUCAUCCUCUCUAUUUUCCAAGUCAAGAAGCAAGAGACAUAGCAGAGUUUAGGGUUAUUUUACUAGAAAGUGCUUUUCAUAUGAUACAUGUUGAGUUCGGUGCAGUAACAUGAGCCAACCUCUUGUUCUUCCAAGAGUUUCAACUUUCAACUUGUAGUUGUACCAUCAUUAUUUAUUGGGUAAUUCUAGCUUCA